UACAUUUGGACCGGACCAAAGUGGACCAAACGGACCGAAUACACUAUUGGUCCAGUCCUUGAUCCUAAGUUAUCUUUUACUAUUGGACCGCUAUUCUAUAAUUUGAUCCGAUUUGGUCCGGACCGGACCGAUGUCCACCCCUAGAAACCGCAUCAUGCAUUUUUGCCCUUUCAUCACCAGGCUAGCCAUACAUUUCCACAUCGAGCUCAACAUCUGCACCCUCUUGGGGCGUUCUACCAACUUUUCCAAUGACACAUUGGUUUCCAUAAACCUACUUAGGACCUAUGGAACACUCCUGUACAUUGAGGGUUUUCCUAUUCUGGCCGAGGCUGCUAAUAUGGCUCCACCCUAGUGCCAUCAUGACAAUGCCAGGGCUUCUUCAUCGCUAUCGGGGAGCUGGUCCUACCUUCUCAGCCAGGCCUAAGUCAUCACUCUGGAGGGUCACUACACCAAUAUCAUGUCCUGUCUCGACUGAGAGAGGGAAGCUCACCGCCACUCCCACUACAUGGACAAGGAGCUCAUGGCCCAACAAGUUCUCAUCUUCAUUGGUUCAGGUUGGAUUCACUCUCCCCCUCAUCAGCUGGAGAGGCCUCAGGAUGAUAAUGAUGCUGAGCGAUCUUGAGUGUCAUGCUUGGCACCGUACCACCAUUCCUCCUCUAUGUCCACCUUGAAUCCUUUGUUUUUAUGUUCGUGUGAUUGAAUUUGAACUAAUUUGUUUCCUUUAAUUUCUUUUAGAUUAUAAAGAAUAUGUGUAUAAUAACAUCACCCUUAGUGAGCUUGUGUUUGUGUGUGCGUGUGUUUGCUCCUUGUGAUAACUCAUCUCUCAAAACUGGUCCACUCUCAAGCCCGACUCUUUACUUGCCAUAUUCGGUAACUUUGUUCCACCCUUAUCUUGCCUCCAUCGAGCCAUCGAGGACAACGUCAUGCUUAAGUGUUUGUGUGUGUGGUCGGGGAGGGUGUUGAAUGUAUAUGUUGAAUGAUGUGUGAAUGUGAAUGAAUGAUUUGGCUUAUCUAUCAAUCGCCGUGUAGCCUAAUUAUUUCCCAAAUUUCAACAAUUUGAGGGCUCCAAGCACCUGAGGAUGAUUGAUUGAAUUUAGGCCUACAUUGAGAGUGCUUUGGAAUCUAGAUUAUAUGCUCAAAUAUUCAAAUUUUUGGGGUUCCAAACACAUUGUAUCAUGCAUGAUUCCUACUCAUUGUGAUUUUAAUUUUUGGAUGUCGUGAUGGUGUACAUUCUAGGGAGGAUAGUGUAGUGAUGUAGAGAAUGUCGAUUAAUGAGGGGUUUGCCUCAAUUUCAUCUUUGGUUGGUUGGUACUUUUUGCUAUUGAGGAUAUGACAUACAUGUUGGACUCUCUCCAUUUUCUUACUCAAAAUUUUUUUGCAAAAGGUGAUGUGGUUUUCAAUAUGCUUUAAAUGAAAAAUAGUGUCUCGCGUGAGUGGAAACCAGUCAUAUUUUUUAAGUUAAUCCAUCAAAGGGCUUUUAUAUUGGACAGUGUGCUUGUGAGGAUGUGUUUAGAUAAAUUUGAAUAGCUUUU